CAGUGAUAUACUCUACACAACAAACCUCAUAAUUUCUUUUACAGCAAGUAUUCUCAAUUCCAGCACAUAAUCCCAAUUUCAGCCAUGUCGCGCUUCUCGUCAACCUGCACGUUCAUCAAGUCUUCGCCAAUGUCGUCAGAGCUUUUCGUACCUCGGCUAAAUGCAUCCAACAGCUACUGCUGCAAUAUCUGUGGAGUCGUUCUCGGGUCAGUGGAGGAGGCAGACAACCAUGUCAAGCUGAACCAUUUCUUCCCUGAGCUCUAAUGGCCGGUGCCCGAAACGAAAAAGUGUAAAAUCUUCCAAUUCCUUUCCCCAUGUAUACAUUAAAUCUACUUUCAUCUAUCACAGUGA